UAUACAUAACACAUUCGAUAAAAAUACACUGAAACGAUGGGGAAACGCUUGGUAAUUGCGUCGUGGCCGAUAAUCAGAGUCCUCCUCCUGGUCUUUGUGCCUGGGAUUAGCUCGGAACUCCGCUUCUGCCACAAUGGGCCUCACCGCAUCAAGGACACGGACUGUCCUGGGGGCUUUAUUGCCAAGAGACCCAUCAACCUCACCUGCGCCUUCUAUGCAAUCAGCGACUCUGUGCCCGAGGGAUCCACGCCUCAGGUGAUUGAGAGCUACUGCGACGCCCCCUCCGCCAUUGAUUUGACCGCGCAAGGAGGCGAAGUGGGGAUCAAAAUGCUGCAAGAAUUCAGCAUCAACAUUGUCGACCCCGCCGCAGCCCCAUCACAACCAGGAAACUUCACCCCCGAGGGAGUCUGCAUGGACGAAUGUUUGGCCCAAUGGGUUGACCCCACGUUCGUAGCGGACGAUCCCCACCUGGAAGACUACUUCCCACUCAACUCCACGAACCGAGGUGGAGGAAGCGCUGGCUCUGACCAAGGACUUUUUCGUCACCCUGCUCAACGAGGAGACCUUCGAGGAGGACGACCCCGAGGGAGGCGUGAUCCAGCCCUACGACCCGCUCUGGAAUGGCAACGGGACGGAGCCGCGCAUCGUCCAGCUCCUCGCCCAGUCGAUGCAGAUCAUGUGGGGGGCCUGCCACCCCUUCAUCGAGGACUCCUUCCUCAGACAAAUCCUCAAAGUCAGCAUCCUUAUGCGGGAUAGACAUCACAAGGCCUUGGUGGACAUUGGGGUCCAAGAGUUCAAAGUCAUCUCGGCCAUUCUGACCCAGUGUCAGGAGAUGAAAAACGAGGAGUUCCGGCUCAUCGGCUCCGGUUGUGACUCGUUUCAAAAGGUGGAGCGGAUUGAGAACUUGCGAACUGGGAAAACGUUCCCUUAUCGACCCUUAGCUCAGUCCUUCGUGUGGGGAAAGUAUGACCCGCUGCCUGAAGCCGCUUGGAGUGCUGUGGCCUUUGUGAAUUCAUACUGCUCCCCUUUCUUUGUCAGCAACUUUCCUCACUUCCACAUGUACGUGAUUGCGAUGGAGGCUCUUUUUCCUCCCUACCCCGUCCAACGCCAAUGGACCACGCCCACGAACAUCAGCACCGCCAUCUUCAAUUCCGUCCUGGAGACGGCAGACGUCAAGAUUGCCAUGCGGAACUUGGAUGCAUGUGUGCUUGGAGGAAAUCGAAAUACCAUUUUUCGACAUCGUAUCGAACGCCCUUUCACGCCCGAAGUGCUGUUGGCGACGCCGACGUACAGCACCCCACCGGAGACGGACAUGGCGGGCUGGACCAAGAGUUUGGCAGCCUACUGGAGACAGUACGAGGCUCGAGGAGGGUUCCGAGGUGUGAGCAAGGACUGGGGAUACUGCCUCCAAGACCCACAGGAACCAGAAGCCAAGCAGAGUACGGUGGACGACAUUAGGACAAAAACCUGUGGUGGGGCGGAACCCAGUGACGGGAAUCAACAAUGACUCAGACUAACCCUCGUCUAUCACAAUGACCAAACGCCAAAUAUCGGGCAAAAUGGACUACCGAAAAACAUAGGUGUACUAGAUUUGCAUGAGAAAUAAACAUCAAUUUUUUAAACUUUA